AUUCCUUUCUUUCUCUUAAUUUCCAGGGACACCGCCGGAAAGUUCGCCGUCCAACGUUACUCUACCUUCCGCCAGCAUAUCGACAUCGUCACCAACAAACUUGUUAAAUUCAAAUCCAAAUCUUGCUAGAAAUGUCAGAACUAACAAACACUCGUGUGCCCACACCCUCCAACCCCUCACAUCUGGCCCCGCGCUACGAAAUCCGAAAAUUGAAGCCGGUCCACCUCCCCUGGGCCACCGCCAUCCUCGCCCACAGUCAUGGCUUUCACUCGAGUGUCUGGCAGAAAAUAUGGCCCGACCGCAACCUUGGCCGCUGGGUCGUCGAAAACACUCUCAACUUCGAAUACCUAGUCCGCCACCAAAUCGACUCAGGUCUCUCCUUCGGCGUCUUCGACACAGAAUACGAGUUCAAAACCGACACAGCCCGCGCCACCGGCGGCGCCCUCCUCUGGGACGCCGGCGAACUCGAUACAAAAAGCGUGGAAAAGACGCAAGGCCGCGCAGCAGAAGGGCAACGGUUACUAGACCAGAUGGACUUCCCGCUCGUAAGCAUAAUGCUCAGCUAUGACGGCUUCACCCCGCUUGAUCCCGAGAAAAUGAAACCCUUAAUCGCCGCUUGGCCCGAAUUCCGUAUCCUCUACGGCGCGCUCGAACAGCGGGAUCAGCGAGAUCCGGCGUCGUGGAAGCCCACUGCGCCGCGUCAGGUGCUCAUGCGCAAUGCGACGUCUACGCGGGGCGACUAUGAAGGGCGGGGCAUUAUGGGAGCUGCGGCACGGUGGUUGCAGCGCGAGGCGGCGCUGAUGGGGUUUCAGGGAAUUCAGAUUGAGGCAAUGGCGGAUAAGGUGAUUCAUGUUUGGACGGAGGGUGUGCAGAAGCCGUUUAAGGGGACCUUGGUAAGUGAGUUUGAGUGUCAGACGCUGGAGGUGGAUGGGGAGAGGCCUUUUGGGGCGGCGAAGCAGAGGAUUAUCAAGGCUUGGGUUGAUUUAACGGCUUGAGGGAGAUGGGAGGGGGAUAGCAUUGACUUCGACUUGGGUUGUUGCCGCUAUGAUAGAUUCAGGUUGCAAGUUUGCUUGAAUAAAUGUGUCGGCCUUGAUACGGCCGCUUAUAGAAUGGAAAA